AUGGAGAAAUUGAACACUUUACUCAUCGCAAAUCGCGGUGAAAUCGCCGUUCGCAUCAUCAGAACAGCCAAGGAGCUAGGUAUUCGAACAAUUGCGAUUUACACCGCAGCCGACGCAACCUCACAACAUCUUUUGGUGGCAGAUGAGGCGGUUCUGCUACCAGGCGACGAUUCUACCGCGUAUAUCAACGGAAAUGGAAUCAUAGAAAUCGCCCGUUUACAUCAAGUCGAUGCCAUAAUUCCGGGCUACGGAUUUUUGUCAGAGAAUGGGGCAUUCGCACAAGCUGUCGCCAAUGCAGGGAUGGUGUUUGUGGGUCCUAGGUCUGAAGCCAUUGAAGCUUUCGGGCUGAAGCAUCGAGCUCGUGAGAUCGCUGUGGCGGCCGGUGUUCCAAUCGUCCCUGGAACACAGGGACUACUCGUUACAGAGGAUGAGGCCGUGGAAGCGGCAAAUGAAUUAGGAUAUCCUGUAAUGCUAAAAGCCACCGGUGGCGGCGGUGGUAUGGGUUUAACGAUAUGCAAAUCAGUGAAAGAGGUUCGAGAGUCUUUGACACAAGUCCGCUCCCGAGGAGAAACUUUGUUCAAGAAUUCUGGCGUUUUUAUGGAGAGGUAUUAUCCAGAGAGUCAUCAUAUUGAGGUGCAGGUUUUUGGUAAUGGGCUAGGAGAUGCAAUUCAUAUCGGAGAGCGGGAGUGCUCAAUUCAACGCCGUCAUCAAAAGGUUGUUGAGGAAUGCCCCAGUCCAUUCGUGGAAAAGCACCCAGGUCUUCGUCAAAGGCUCACUUCUGCGGCGGUAGCUUUGACCAAAUCCAUUUGCUAUGGAUCUGCAGGCACAGUCGAAUACCUAGUUGAUGACGUGUCGGGAGAUUUUUUCUUUUUGGAAAUGAACACUCGGCUUCAAGUUGAGCAUGGUAUCACAGAGCUCUGUUAUGGGCUUGAUAUUGUAAAACUCAUGCUUCAACAAGCCGAUCGUGAAUUACGCGGUCUCGGGGGCUUGGGCAAGGAAUUUCUGGAAUCUUUGCAACCAGAGCAGCCUUCGGGUUGUGCGAUUGAAGCUCGUGUAUAUGCAGAGAACCCUGCCAGAAAUUAUUCUCCAUCCCCUGGAUUGCUUCAACACGUUGAAUGGAAGGAGCUGAGCGGCACUCGAAUUGACACUUGGGUCGCUACUGGAACUCGAAUUUCCACAUACUACGACCCUAUGAUCGCAAAGGCCAUGGUACAUGAUUCCAGCCGAACAGGGGCUAUCGAAAAGUUGGGAGUUGUCCUGUCGCACUCGAAGAUUUGUGGACCACCGACAAAUCUCGAAUUUUUGCACAGCAUCAUUCAAUCCAGUAGAUUCUGCACAGGUCAUACUUUGACCAAUUUCUUGACCUCUUUUGAUUUUACCCCUGCUGCAAUUGAUGUCAUAUCACCAGUUGCCAACAUCUUGGCUGGAAAUCCUUCUAGCACUGAAAGCCUAGAAAUAACACUGGAAGGGCCGGAACUACGUUUCCUAGCUCCAGCAUGCGUAUCUGUCUGCGGCGCUCCAAUGGAAAUGACGCUUGAUGGGGCUGGCGUCCCAAUGUGGACACGACUCUAUAUCAAAGCGGGUCAAACAUUAUCAAUCGGAAAGCUGAAUGGAUCCGGAGGAUGUCGAGCAUAUCUCGCUGUUCUUGGAGGAUUUCCGGCAAUUGCCCCAUACUUUGGAUCAAAGUCAACCUCCCCAUUGCUUGGAAUUGGUGGGUACCAAGGAAGAUCACUCGCUCCAGGCGACAUGCUGGCCAUUCAAAAGCUUGAUGCAGUUGAGGCAGUGCCUGAAAUCUCAUUGCCAGUCCAUUUGCGGCCCACGUACUCCCGCCACUGGGAUAUUGAUGCCAUGGUUGGACCGUACGAUGAGGGCUAUAUUGUACCUGAAGAUAUCGACAUGAUUUAUAACACAAUCUGGGAUGUUUCGCAUAAUGCCACGAGAGGCGGUAUUCGCCUUGUUGGACCUACUCCUAAGUGGGCUAGGGAAGAUGGAGGCGAGGGUGGACAGCAUCCUAGUAACGUUAUUGAAUAUGGGUACCCGAACGGAACAUUGAACUGGACGGGAGAUAGGCAAGUUGCGUUCAGUGCUUGCAUCUUUCCCGUGGAUGCUCCUGACCUUGGCGGUUUUAUUUCAUCCACAACGAUUGUAAAAGCUAGUCUAUGGCGUAUGGGUCAGCUAAAGUCUGGUGACACUAUCCAAUACCGCAGAGUAUCAUUGAAAGAUGCUCUCCGUGCUCGAGCCGAGUCAGAACAGUUUCUGGAAGAUGUGUCGGCAUUUGUUGCCCGCCAGUGCGAUUCGCAUAAUAUCGAGCCAAUCUCUAAUUCCACGUUGCCAGAGUCAACUGUCUCUGGGAACUGGGGAAAGGCGUUGAUUUACUGCACGGAGCUGGGCGAAACCGGAAUUCCUAUGACGUUUAGACAGGGUGGUGAUGAGUUCUUAUUAGUGGAGUUUGGCGAUGGGAAAUUUAACCUCAAUCAUCGCUGUAGAGUAACAGCAUUGGACCAAGCUUUUAGGAACUUUCAAAGGUCCGAUGAAGUUUUGAAACAAGCUGUAUACAAGACCACCGGAUGCUGCAACUCGCUCCUAAUACACUACGAUGGUCUGAAGCUCCCUCAGGAGGAACUUGUCAAGCUCUUAGUAUCAUUGCAAAAGACGAUCGGCGAUAUCGCCUAUUCCAAUGUCCCAAGCCGAAAGUUUCGCCUUCCCAUCUGCUUCGAAAGCCCGGCUCAACAAGAAGCCAUCCAGCGAUACAUGGAGACACAGAGACCACAUGCUCCAUUUUUACCGAGUAACAUGGACUUCGUGGCCAACAUAAACGGGAUUACGCAUGAGGAGUUGGUCAACAUUUUCCUUUCAGUCGAAUUCAUAGCUAUCUGUGUCGGGUUCUUCUGUUGCGAUACUAUAUGUCUACCGGUUGAUCCCCGCUAUCGGUUGACAUGCCCCAAGCAGAACCCUAGUCGCGUGUACACUCCAGAGGGAAGUGUCAGUUGGGGUGGAUCAUGCAUGAAUAUAUACCCCGUCGAUUCCCCUGGAGGAUAUCAAAUGACGGGCCAAACCAUUCCCUGCUUCGAUCAAUUGGGCGUAAAACCUGACUUCUCACCAAGUCAGCCCGGCUUGUUCCGUGACUUCGACCAGAUUACCUUCUACCGAGUAGACAAAGAAGAGCUUGAGCGUGAUAUGGCGCGCUUUCGGGCUGGUUAUUACAAAUUCCAGUACGAAGAAGUUAAUUUUGAUAUGAGCGCCCACAACCGUCUUCUUGAGCAGACUAAAGACGAAGUCGCGGCAUUCAAGUCUCGCCAAGCCACGUCACAGGUAAAAAUGCUAGCCUUGGAAAUGGAAUCAAUGGACAGGUGGAUGGUCGAGAAAGCGCAGAACAACGUUCCUACUGAUGAAAUCGAACUUCUGAAAGAAGACCCUGACAUCUUCACGUUGUACGCUCCUCUCGAUGCAAAUGUGUGGAAAGUCAACGUUACAGAUGGUAGUGUGGUUUCAUCUGCUAAAGCUGUUGCCAUCCUUGAGGCCAUGAAAAUGGAAGUCUCUGUCUACUACAAUGGGGACCAAAAGGAUGGUAUUGAUCAGUCUUUCAGGGUCGAGAAGGUGCUCGUCCAGCCAGGUGAUACCGUCAAGGCCGGAGAUGCUCUGGUGUUUUUUAGAAAUAUUUGA